AUGGCAGAAAAUAGCAAAUUGUCUCCCACUCUUGCUCAAAAAGCAGAAAUAAAAUUGAAUACAAUGCCGUGGUUUCACGGUAAAAUAUCGAGAGACAGGGCUGAGCAAUUACUCACUCCAAAAGAAGAUGGUCUAUUUUUGGUUCGCGAAUCGACCAAUUUCCCGGGGGACUACACACUUUGUGUGUGCUUCCAGGGAAAAGUAGAGCACUACAGAGUAAAGUACAAAGAAAAUCAAUUAACAAUUGAUGAUGAAGAAUAUUUUCAAACUCUUGCACAACUUGUCGGGCAUUACGAGCAGGAUGCCGAUGGGUUAUGCACUCAGUUAACAAAAUGUUUACCAAAGAAGGGAAAGCAAGAUAUUUGCGUUGCAACAAAAGACUUUGCCGAUGCUGGUUGGAUGAUUCAAACGAGCGAACUUGAACUUCGGGAAUCCAUAGGAAAAGGAGAAUUCGGGGAUGUUUUAUUAGGGGUUUAUCGCGGAAAUAAAGUAGCCGUUAAAACGCUUAAAGAUUCAUCUGAAGCUGCUCAAAAAUUAUUAACGGAAGCUUUGCUUAUGACAUCUCUAAGACAUGAAAAUCUUGUAGAGAUGUUAGGUUUAGUUUUCAGUAAUAAUCACAUUUACCUCGUGACUGAAUAUAUGAGCAAAGGCAGCUUAGUAGAUUAUUUAAGAUCUAGAGGAAGACUUCACGUAACGAAAAAUGAUCAAAUAAAUUUCGCAUUCGAUACGUGCUCUGGCAUGGAAUAUCUUGAAUCUCGGAAAGUAGUACACCGCGAUUUAGCAGCUAGAAAUGUUUUGAUAUCGGAAGAAGGAGUUGCAAAAGUAUCAGAUUUUGGACUCGCGAGAGAAGAAAAUUUUACUUUAGACGCUGGAAAGUUACCAAUCAAAUGGACUGCACCGGAAGCUCUUAGACAAGGGCUAUUUUCAAACAAGUCUGAUAUGUGGAGUUUUGGAAUUUUGCUGUGGGAAAUUUAUUCUUUCGGACGAGUUCCUUAUCCGCGUAUACCACAAGCCGAUGUUGUUAAACACGUGGAAAAAGGUUAUAAAAUGGAAGCUCCGGAAGGAUGCCCGCAAGAAAUUUACGAAAUAAUGCGACAGACGUGGGAUUUGCACCCUGAAAAAAGCCCAUCAUUUAAAGACAUCAAAACAAAAUUGAGUCAUUUGAAAAGUUCGAUCGUGGGAUUGAUAGAAGAUAUAAUGCAUCAUUAA